GAAGGAAGAAAGGAGGGAUGUCUGGAACGGAGGAUACAACAAGCAAGUUUUUAAGGAUAAGAAGGACAGUAAUGCAGAUACUUAGGGACCGCGGUUAUUUAGUGGGUGACUUUGAAAUCAAUAUGACAAAAGCCCAAUUUGUUGAAAAGUUUGGUGAUGAAAUCAAGAAGGAGGAUCUUGUAAUCAACAAGGUGAUGCGCAACAAUCCUUCUGAUCAGAUAUAUGUUUUCUUCCCUGAGGAGCAAAAGGUUGGUGUAAAGAGCAUCAAAACAUAUGCAGAGCGUAUGAAGUCGGAGAAUGUGUUUCGGGCUAUAUUAGUCCUCCAAAACAACUUGACUCCCUUCGCCCGGCAAUGUGUCCAAGAAAUUGCUACUAAGUUCCAUUUGGAGACAUUUCAGGAAUCGGAACUUCAAGUCAAUGCCAAGGAGCAUGUCCUUGUUCCAGAGCAUCAAGUUCUUACAAGUGAAGAAAAGAAGACAUUGCUUGAGCGGUAUACUCUUAUAGAGACCCAGCUUCCACGGAUUCAAAUAACUGACCCCAUUGCCAGAUACUAUGGUCUGAAUCGUGGUCAAGUUGUGAAGAUCAUUCGACCUAGUGAGACUGCUGGAAGAUACGUCACCUAUCGUUAUGUUGUGUAACUCUCUUGAGCACAGAAGAUUUUCAUCUAUAGCUAUAUAAGAUUGUUGAGGGCUGUUUAUACAGAAGAUGUUUAGGGUUCUGGACCCUAGAAAGAUGGGGUUGUGGACCAUGGAAGGCUUGACCACUGGUGCUUGAAGUGCAAUUGUAUUGGUGAUAGAACCAGGCUGGCAGCUUGUGGGUCAAGGAAAAGUUUUGAUUUUGUUCUUUUAGGCACUCAAUUUUAUUUGCUCUGAGAACUUCAGUUGCGCAGAGGAUGAUUUCGAAAAAAAGAAAAGAAAAGAAAAGAAAAGACCUCAGUUGGGCAGAGUUGUAGGCUGGAAGUUUUGAUUAUUGGGACAUCCUUUUGAUGAGUGGUUGAUUUAACUAACCUAAGAAGAAAGACCAGAAAGGAAAAAGAAGUAAAAGAGUAGAGAAAACAAGCUAGUUUGAAACCAACGAAGAAGGGAUAUAAUUCCUAUUUUGUCUCCAUACUUUUCCUUCAUUAAUUAGUCUUGCCAAUGAGGUAUCCCUCUCAUUAGCUCAAAUUCAUUUUUCUAUAUUUUCUUAUUAAUCAUUUGAUGUAUGGCAAACCCAUGGGACUUUUUCUCUGAUUUGGUUUUAUUUUCCAAGGGGACGUAUCUCCUUCUUUUGUUA